AAUGAAUUUAUGCAAGCUUUACGAAAACAGGCCAUUGAUAUUGAACAGGCUGGUAUGAUUAGAAAACAUGAAGAGAAUAAAGAGGAUAAAGUAAAAAUAAAAAAAGAUACUGAAGCUGCGAAAGCAUUUAAUAAAAUUAAUGAGACAGAAUUUUCCCGAAUCGGCGAAUCACAAGCACUUGAAUUCUACAAAAAUAUCACCAAUUUAUACGGUUUAAACCGAUUUUAUUUAAAUUUAAUCUCUUAUUUGUUACGUCAAUGUGCAAAUAAUGAUAGAUUAGAUUUAGUGGAUGUUAUAUUUACACAAUUUAUUAAAGAUAUUGAAAUUAAUCCAAAUAAACAUUUGUUGGGAACUUUCAUUAUUAAUGUUUGGAAUACAUUUGCAUCAAUUUAUUAUGAAAGAGGAUCAUCUAAGAAGGUUGAAAUUAUGUUCAAGUCAAUGUCCAAAUAUACCGUUUCACCUAACGCGAAAACAUUUUCAAUAAUGAUUAAAUCAAUAGCAAAAGCCAAAAACCCUAAUCAUUGCUUUAUGUUUAUUGAACAAAGCAUUGUUAAAGGUUUAAAACUUAAAUCUGGUACUUUAAAUACAUUACUUAAUUCAUGUCUCACAUCACAACAAAACCUUAAUCAACAACAAAAAAGUAUCAAUAUCAUUCUUGAUUUGAUGUCCGAUUGGAAUGUAGGACCUAAUGGAAAAACUUUUGAAAUUUUAUUAAGACAUUGUAGAGAUUUCGAUGAUUUAGAAAAAAUUUGGUCAAAGAUUGUGAAUCUUGGAUUUCAUGAUGAUCAAACUUUACACGUAGAAAUUAUAAAAACUUGUUCAAGAUUGGUAUCAGGAAAAGAAGGAUUAUCAAACUGUUUUGAUUACUUAUUACGACUUAAUCGUAUUUCUCAAGGUGAACUUGCAAUUGGUGCAUAUCAUAUUUUUUUGAAAGCAUGUGCUUAUCACAAAGAUUUUAUUAAAGGAAUCAGAGUGAUAGAAAUGAUGUGGUUAAGAAAUUUAGAACCUCAAAUAAUAGGUUAUAAUAAUUUACUUAACACAUUUAGAAUAAUUACUUUUCAAAAUAUGUCAUUAUGGAGUUUAGCUCAACGAUCAAUGAUCAACAAUAUAUAUCGAGAAUAUUUGUGGAUAUUAUUAGAAGGAAUGCUUUCACGACCAAAAACUAGAAUAAUGCCAAGACGAUUAAUAAAUUCAAUAAUUUUGGCUCUUGGAAAAGUUGGUGAUAUAAAUGGAUUAAUAGAAUUUUAUGAUGCUAAAAUCGAUUUAAAAUCAUCAAAUAAUAGAUUAAAUUCGGUAGAUCCAAAUAUUGGAAAGAUUUUUGCACAAAGAACUGAUCAUUUACCAUUAGAUAUUUCAAUUUUCAAUUUAUUUUUAAAAGAAAUUUCUUCAUCUUCGAAUCCAAUUAUAACUUUAGAGAUGUUUAAUAGAUUACCAAAUUAUCUUGAACCAAAUAAUGAUACUAUAGAAUAUUUAUUUUCUUCUAUACAAACUUCAUUAGAUUUUAAAAAAUUUGGUAUCCAAUUUUGUGAUGCUUUAAUUCGACAAAGAACAAAUAUCGCUUCAGAAUUAAUGAAGUGUAUAUUUCAAAGAAUGUAUCAACGUAUUACUGGAUGUAAUGGGAAAUCUUUAAAGGAGGUUGAUAUUAAUGAAUUUUAUUGGGUUUACGUUUCUGGGUACAUAGCACGUGAGAUUAUAAAUGUUUACAACAAUCAAGAUUUGAUAGAAUGUUUAAAAAUACUUGAAAUAAACUCAGAAAAUUCGUAUUAA